GACAAUACUGGGCGCUUGUAGCUGCGAAGAUAGGAGGCGUUUAAAGUCGGGAUGAUUACUACCGAGGUAGACUCCUCCGCUAACGGAUGGCGGAGUGCAGAUGACUCGGGACCGGUGGAGUAGGAGAUGAGGGGGUCAAUAGCGAAUGAGCAAGACAAAAGGUGCAAAACCUGAUAUCUAGAGCGAAAAUAUUCAGUAACCCAUGUGGGAUGAACUUCGAUUUCCCCAGAUAUAUACUAGAAAGGUCGAUGCAAAGGGCCGCACGCGAAGAAAGUGGAGGAGCUUGGUGAAUGACUCUUGUGGUCGUUGCGGAGACUCUCUUUCCCGGGGAGUCACGUGUGGGGGGGAUUCCGUGCUUGGCCGAGGAACAACGAAUAUCAUCCGAUCAGGCAAUCAACCAAACCAACCGUCAGUCACAACCUGAUUCACCUUUUAACAAUGGUCCUUUCUGCUACCAAAGACAAUGGAUAUUUUCCUUUGCUUUGGGUGUUGCAGCAAGUAGACAGGAAACAAAGUGGCGGAACAAUGGUGGUGUUUUGAAGCGGGAUCAACCCCAGAUCGGACUCCGUGAUGCUUAUCGUCCAACUGGAAUUGCCGAUGAGAAUGUGAAAAUUGGUCCGGGUUUUUCCCCUUCGCCCGAAAAUCAUUCGACUUCUCCCCACGGAUGCUCCGAUAGGUCUGGAUCUUCCAAUGGAGACACGAAAAAGCACCAUAUAAUCGAAUCCCCUCUAGUUCUGACAAGUCUUCGUCAGGCUGAAGGACGAAGGCUUUUAGGUUUCUCCCACCCGCGGUAGGGUUCCUCCAUCCGCGGUUCCCCCACGGUCCAAUCCCAGACCAUAUCAAGCUCUUGGAUUAUGCCCAAACCGAACGACAGAUGCCUUGAUUGAGUCUCCCCAUGUUCUUUAGUUGCAUUGUGUGUUCCGGUAGUCGAAUGUGUUGUCCUUUGG